CCUUGCUCAAUCAUCGCUCAUCAAUUUUCGCCCUUUACCCCCGCCCGGUCGCCUUCCCCGAACUCCCCACGGUCUUCCUCCCCAUAGCACUGCCUCACCAUGGAUGAAUACGUGCGGACAGUCACGUCUUUAGGCGCAUACAGCCCUCAGGAUUUGCCGCCCGAAAACUUAGAGCAGGUGCUUGACUCUCUGAAGCGGGAGACGUUGAAGAUGGAAGUGGUAAAAUUAUUACGCCCAGCGAAAGAUUUCCCCGUCAGUCGAGCUGCAUCGCAACGACUCUCGGGCUUACUGAAAUUCGUGUCGACUGGCGCCAAGCAGAGUAAUGAGAGGGUGCAGGCGCUGCGAAGGUUGAAUUGCUUUUCCCUGAUCAUCUGCGGACUUUGCCUGACUCAGAAGUCCGUCGAGGGCAUGAAAAGGGAACUUUUCGACGCGUUCAUUGAGCAAGUAACCAACAUGCCGCAAGGCAGCAUUCACGCCAUCGCAAAGGAUAGUGGAAUCCAUAAGGCCGUCUUAUUAUCCGAUACUGACCAGGAAUUUUUGCAAAAUUAUAUUCGGCUGCAGAAUUCAAUAAAUAAACCAACGCUUGUUCGUCCCCGAUAUUCGCUGAGUGGGAAUCCCUCCUGGUGCUUUUCUGGAAUCCCGCAUGAAGGAAAAGCUCAGGUCGUAUUUCGUGGUUUGCUAGCCCGGGCAAUUGGCGGUCAGGUCACAACGUUCCUUCCCCAGGAAGGAAACGAUGAUGGCUUAAUUAGAGUUGUGGUUAGCUUUGACGAAUUCAUGCUUCGAACGUUGUUUGGUUGGGUGAGCCAAGAGUCACUCAGCGCAGAACGUUUCUCAAUUGGCUGUGCAGUUAAGAGUCGAAUCGCCGUAGAAUUUGGCCAGGACGUUUUCGAGGCUGUCGAGUCAAGCAACCUGUGGACUCAAGAUACUGGAGAGAUUGAGACGAAGUGUCUCAACGUGGAUGUUUACCCGGGUCAGUUUAUGAUUCUUGGGUUGGCUAUUGGCUAG